CAUUAUUAACUUCAUCUUGCCACUUAUACAUGUCAAUAUCUGAACGAGAAGGGAUAUAAGGAACGAUAUACUCCGUAGGAUUCACACCAUUAACUCUUGGUAUUACCAGUGCUAUUCUUCCAAGCCUUUCGAUGACGAGUCAAGUUGCGUAAGGAUGUAACUAAAUGCUCCGCUAGAUGUCCCGGGUUCAGCCUUGUUCAUGAGUACCGUACAGCUCGGAGGUGUGCUCCAGAUUGAUAUAAAUGUUUCAACGAUCAGCAGCUCUCUAGAUCGUUUUCUCGAUCGUCCAUUAUUUCACUCGUGACUGCUUCUUCUCCUGCUUGCGUUCGAUGAAGGUUUCCAACCUCAAAUCCGGGCUUGUGCAGGCCAUCCUGGUCCAUGCCGCUGCCAUCAAUGCCUACCUUUACAACACCACUAUUCAGACCAAGUAUGGCGCUGUGAAAGGCAUUCCUGCACUCAAUGCUACAUGCUGUUCCUACCUUCCAGGUUAUGAGAGCGUGACCGUCUGGAAGGGUAUUCCAUUUGGCGCAACCACGGGUGGCGCGAACCGAUGGAAACCUCCGCAGCCUCGUCCUGGAUGGAAUGGCACCCUUGUGGCCGACACCUUUGGUUCCGCGUGCCCAGCAGGUACCUCGCCCACUGGUGCAAUUGACGAUGUCUACGACGAGGACUGCCUCAAUCUCAACAUCUGGACUUCAGCCAACUCAACCGCUGAAAAGCGGCCAGUAAUGAUCUGGAGCUAUCCCGCGGGUGCCAACGGCGCAUGGAGCAUGUUUGAUGGAGGUGGCCUUGCGCUUAAAGAUAUUGUGGUUGUCACUUACAAUUAUCGGACGGGCCCCUAUGGCUGGCUUGCGUUGCCCGAGCUAUGGGAAGAAUCCGGCAACAUCACUACGGGGAACUAUGGGCUCUUGGACCAGAUUGCGGCAUUGAAAUGGGUGCACGAGAACAUCGCAGACUUUGGCGGCGACCCAAACCACAUCACGACUGUUGGCCAGUCUGCUGGUAGUGCCGCUGUAUACCACACUGUUAACAGUCCUCUUGCUAAAGGGCUGAUUGUCGGUGCUAUUGCGGAGAGUGGAAUUCGCGAUCCUCAUGAUCCGGCGGCCACCGAGCUGGCCGAAGGCUACAACAACAUGACGACUUCUCUAAAGCUAGGAGCUGAAUUGAAGUCCGUCCUGAACGUUACCACACUCGAAGAGCUACGUCAAGUCCCUGCGGAGACUAUAAGCAAGUACAGCGAUUUCACUUCGUUCCAGAACUGGAGAGCCACUCUGGAUGGCUAUGCCCUUCCUGAGACAUACUGGGAAGAGCUGCAGAAAGGGCCGGCCAAUGACGUCCCACUGAUUACUGGUAACACGAAGGAUGAAUCUGGCGCUGCAUAUGGCACGAAUGUGACGGUAUCACAGUACUUGAGCACGCUCAACUCUACGUACGGCUCCUUUGCCAGCCGCUUUUUGGAAGAAUAUCCGGCCGCAAACUCUACACAAGCGUCCAUGAACUCCAACCUCAUCGCGAGAGAUACGUCUCUUGUCGGUUCCUGGAACUUUGGCAAUUAUUGGGCAAAGUCGGCUUCUUCACCGUUCUACACCUAUUACUGGGACCACGCUCCUCCAGGUCAAGACCAAGGUGCCCAUCAUAUGUCUGAAAUCACAUAUGUGUUUAACAAUCUCUACGGCACUGAUCUCCCUUGGGAACCAGUAGACUACGAGAUUGCGGAGACAUUGAGCAGCUACUGGGCCAACUUUGUCAAGACGUCGAAUCCCAACACAGGUGGCAGCUACCGCGGCAAUGGGACUCUGGCAUACUGGAGGCCAAGCACCAGUUCCAACGCGACAACCUUCCACCUUGCGCCGCCAGCCCCGAUCAACAAAAACGGGCUACCUGUUGGAUAUGCGCAGGUCCCUGUUGCUAAGAAAAGUCACAUCACGUUGUUGAAUGACUUCUUCCAGAGCCGGGUGCCACUCUAAGUAAAUGGCUACUCUGGAAAGCAUGCUAAAAACGUGCUUGCCCUGGGCAGUCUGACAUGGUAAACUGCUAUAUUUGACUCACAAUAGUACUCAUAUUAUGUUCAUAGUUCUAUUGUCUUCAGUAUUCAUUGCAUUCUCCCGGGUCUCUCAGCUGAGAAGAGUCAUAUUCUUAUAUUAUACCACGUGAAUAGCUGAUUACGCACGGAGCAUGGCAGCAGGUCGCUUUAAUGCACCAAAACUCAGACUUAUCUAUCCGAACUUUCUCCGGAUUUGAUAUGAAAUGUAUAAGAUCAGAAAGUCAACUACGAACGCUUAAUGCUAUAUUAAGACCGGGUAACAGAUCCAUACUUCUAGUUAAGUGUUACAUAUUAAUAAUAAGAUUAACUAUAAGCUG